AAUGAUACAGUAUGUUCUCCUUUGCCAGGUCGAGAGUAGCGGGAAGAGGCAGAUCAAUGGUAGAUGCAUUGACUGCAGGAGCCCAAAGGAAGCUCGUGACGCCUCCUCGCAUAAGGACACUUUUGUUCCUCUCUCCCCGUACAUGACAUGAGAGUGAAACCAUGAAAACGAGCACAUCAAUGGCGAAGGGGAAUCCAGAGCAACUUGGCGGUGAAACGGGCAUGCAGUCAAAGCCUGCGGUAGAGGAGGUCGCCAUUCAACCUCACCUACAGCGAGAAUGUACGUGAAAUCUAGCGUGUGGUUCAUAUGAUUCACCUGAUCCUUUCCAUUCUUUUGUCACGAGAGCUGCAGCUCUCUAAUGGCGUCGACGUGGGGAGCAUGUGACCAGAGUGCAAGAAGACGAUGGACCAUCAUAAGCUUCGGCAAUGGAGGUGUGCACAGUUCAUGUCGAGCAGAGAGAGAGAGAGAGAGAGAGAGAGAGAGAGACACCGAUGCAUCUUCUUCAUGGUAACUGUUGAAAGGUCUUCCUCGUGCUAAUGGUAUUAUCACAAGGCAAGCUUGCAGGAGGGACGACAAAAUUGUAAAUGUGGAGUUACGCCAGGCAGCAAGCUGGAUUUGGAGUCUUUUGUCCUCUCGUCGUCUUUCUCUCUCGAUCCUCCUCAUCCUCAUCUGCAUCUUCUCCCAUUAAUCCCAUAUUAGUGCAGGGGUCUUUCCGUAUCGGGAUUGCCUCCCAUGCAUUCCUCUGCUUUGGAAGACAACCCUGCACCCUUCUCUCGCUUGUUUUCCCUCUACUGCUCUCUUCCGUUCUCACGGCUUUGCCGAGCUAGCUUUCUCUCUCUCCCUUCAGCUUUAAGACCACAAAGAGAUGAGAAGAGAAGACACCAACCUCGAAACUCAAGGGGAAAUAGUUCUUCUUCUUCGUCUCGCCUCACCUUCCUUUCGAGUAAAGGGAAACUUGAUUGAAAGAAAAAAAUCCUGAGGAUUGAUUCCUUUAGGGUAGGAAAUACUUAUUGGAUUGAUUUGGACUCCAUUUAGUUCUUACAAUCAUUCUUUCCAUAGAUCUAAAUCCAACUCACUUGUAAUUCUUCUCGAAUCUUCACAGAGCUACUCUUUGCUUCUCACAUUUGCUUUGGUUCUUCGAUUCUUCGCUCGCAUCUUUUCUUCCCAGUUUUACUCCGUCGGCUUCUUUAAGGAACCCCCCUGUGGGCUGGAAAGCCCUUCACUUGGUCACCGAAGCAUCAUCAAGAUUAGGCCAUCAAAACUGGAAGGGAAAUGUGGCCUGUUAAUUCUCUAAAUGCUGAAUUAUGGGAGAAGACACCAGUCUUUGGCCUGAGAGUUUGGGUUGUGAUUGGCAUCUCCGUUGGUGUAUUAAUUGUGUUCAUCCUCUCCGUCCUGUCCGUAUGGGUCACAUCUCGCCAGAAGACAUCAAGGAGCUUCGACGAACUCCCGGUAUCUCAAAUCCCCAGUGUCUCCAAGGAAAUUACAGUAGACAGAGUUGGACCACAGAGUGUUGCUCAGACUCCUCAUGAGCAUCAGACGCAUUGCUUCUCCUCCUAUGACUCCGACAAGACGAUGAUGUCUAGUGAUGCUGACAACAUGAGCCAAUGCAGCUCAAUUCACCACAAUGACAGGGACGCAAGUUCAUAUUCUGGUGACGAAGGUAGUUCAGGACAUGCUAGAAGACCACAUUCACCAUACAGCCUUGUUUCUGCGUCUCCUUUGAUCGGUUUGCCGGAGUUCUCACAUCUGGGAUGGGGUCACUGGUUUACUCUACGGGAUCUGGAGAAUGCGACGGAUCGUUUCUCCAAGGAGAACGUGACUGGGGAGGGUGGAUAUGGAGUCGUUUAUCGAGGUCGUCUUGUUAAUGGCACUGAAGUUGCAGUCAAGAGGCUUCUGAACAAUCUGGGACAAGCAGAGAAGGAAUUCAGAGCGGAAGCGGAAGCUAUUGGCCAUGUCCGGCACAAGAAUCUGGUCAGGCUUUUGGGUUACUGCAUCGAAGGAACUCACAGGAUGCUUGUAUACGAGUAUGUCACCAAUGGAAACUUAGAGCAAUGGCUUCAUGGAGCUUUGCAACAACACGGUGUUCUUAGUUGGGAGAACCGCAUGAAGGUUAUCGUCGGCACUGCAAAGGGACUCGCUUAUUUGCAUGAAGCCGUCGAACCGAAGGUUGUGCACCGCGAUAUAAAAUCAAGUAACAUCUUGAUCGAUGCAGAAUUUGAUGCAAAGAUCUCUGACUUCGGAUUGGCUAAGCUCUUGGGUUCAGGCAAAAGCCACCUUACUACCAGAGUGAUGGGAACAUUUGGGUAUGUGGCUCCUGAAUACGCUAAUACUGGACUGGUGAACGAGAAGAGCGAUGUUUACAGUUUCGGAGUGCUGUUACUGGAAACUGUGAGUGGCAGGGAACCCAUAGAUCAUGGCAGGCCUGCAAACGAGGUGAAUCUUGUGGAGUGGCUUAAACAGAUGGUCGGGAAUAGGAGAACAGAGGAGGUGGUGGAUCCAAAUCUCGAGGCUAAACCCUCGACACGGGCGCUUAAGCGUGCAUUGUUAGUCGCUCUGAGAUGUGUCGAUCCUGACUCUUGCAAGAGACCCAACAUGGGUCAGGUUGUUCGAAUGCUAGAAGCAGAUGAAGAUCGGCAAAGCCGACGGAGCCAUUCAAGAAACAUGGAGAUUGAAUCUUUGAAGAAGAGCAACAGUUUGAGUGACUAAGCAUCGAGAAGAAGAGACGUUUCAGAAGAUCCAUUAUAUAUGUAUAUUUUGCUGAGGAGAAAACAGAGAAGGAACAUGUAAUGUAAUGUUUGGGACUCAUCAGGCAUGAGAACUCGGUCACUCUUCAGAUGUAUUCGUAGACGCAGUUACCGAAA